AUGCUGAGGCCGUCUCCCGUUUUGACUCCCCCCUCAGCCAACAACUCGCCCACUGCAUUUCGCUAUGCGCCUGCUCAGUCGCCGCCUCCCCUUUCGCCCCGAUCUACUGCGCCUCCGACUGCCGCCGCGACUACACCAGCACGGUCAGCAAUCACCGCUGCUCUGGCCUCGAGCCCGCGCCCAAUCACCUCCUCGCAGAGCCGAAACCGGGCGCACUCCUUCGUCAACAUGGCGGUGCCUGAUGCUGCUGUUGGGCCGUCCUCUGCCACAUCUGCGACAGACGCCAAGUCUCAGGCCGUUGCUGCAGACGACACUCCAGCUACCGCUGGCGCCAAGCCGCAGACCGCUGCACCUCCCGCCUCGCAACGUUCCCUCUCCAAUGCCACGACCAAUGGUAGCGCCUUCACACACCCAUCUCCUUCAAAGCGUCGCGGCGAAGAAAUUCAACAUGCUACAAUACCUCAGGCCGAGGCCGUUCAGCACCAGUCCACACAACCCGCAAAACGCGCCCGUCCCGACGAGCAGCCCCCCAAGGUUCUGCCUAUCCGCUACGAGUUCUGUCAUGUCGACGACAUGGUCGAGCUCAUUGCGCACAUGCUCAACGAACUCAUUGCUACCAAUGAUGCCAUUCGAACCACCAGCGGUGGCCUCACCCGGUUUCAUUCGAGGGCUGCACCAGGUAUAUCUGUUCGCGAUUACUUGCACCGAUUAGCCAAACAUGCCACCCUCAUACCGCCGCUGCUGCUCUCCAUGGUCUACUACAUUGACCGUCUCUGUGCCCUCUACCCAGAGUUUACCAUCAACACCCUCACGGUCCACCGCUUCCUCAUCACCGCCGCCACUGUCGCCGCCAAGGGCCUUUCGGACUCGUUCUGGAACAACACGACCUAUGCCCGCGUCGGCGGCGUACGGCUUGCCGAGUUGAGGAUGCUAGAGCUCGAGUUUCUCUACCGCGUCGACUGGAGAAUCGUACCCAACCCCGAAGUGCUUGUCGCCUACUACCGCGGCCUGGUGGAGCGCACGCCGGGCUACGUCUUGGAGGGAGAGGGUGCUGAUGACAUGAAUGACGACGACCUCGAGAACGACUUUGACGACGAAUAG